CCCGACCGCACCGCCCCGCCGUCACAAUGCCCACCCCGGAAUCCGCCGCCUUCCUGGCCAAGAAGCCCACCGUCGCGCCGACCUACGAGGGCGUCGACUUCGAAGACACCGUCGCCCUGCACAACGCCCGCGACGCCAUCAUCCGCGAGCAGUGGGUCCGCAGCAUGAUGUCUCGUCUUGUGGGCGAGGAGCUGGGAAAGUGCUAUGCGCGUGAAGGCGUCAAUCAUUUGGAGAAGUGUGGGGUUUUGAGGGAAAAGUACUUUGAGCUUCUCAGUGAGCGCAAGAUCAAGGGUUAUUUGUUCCAGGAGAAGAACUAUUUCGCUGGGGAGAAGAGUACUUAGACUCUUUUUGUUUUUUUGUUUUUUAUUUGAUGCUAUGGAUUUGUUGUGACAUUGUGACAUUGUGUGAUAUAUACUUGUAUGGGUUUUCUUUUCAUCAUCUUAUUCAACUUUGUUUCUCAAGUGACGGGUCAUGCAUGGUACAGGGCCGUUGCACGCUGGUUUUAGCUUCGUUACUUACUUGUUAUGGUCAAUUGAGGAUGUGGGUUCUUUUUUUUUUU